GAAACGUCAGAGUUUUUUGUACAGAAAAUUACAUCGAACUGGAGUAACAAGGAAUUUCAACAUUUUGGUAGCAUUUAGGUUAUUUUGGAUGGACUUGAAAUUCCACGUGUCUUCACAUUAACAUGGAAACACUAGGAGUAGUUUACAAUUUCCUGAAGACCAAAAAUAGGCCGUACAACAUUAAUGAUCUUGUGACGAAUCUUCCGAAUGAGAAGAGUAAAGCAGCUAUUCAACAGGCACUAGAGAAGCUGAAGAAAGAACAAAAAAUCAUCGAAAAGAUUUAUGGAAAGCAAAAGAUCUAUUGUAUAAAGCAAGAAAGCCAGCAUGAUGCUGCCGAGUUGAGCAGAAUGACUGGUGAUCUUCAAGCUCACGCAAACGAGUUAGAAAUCAGACGGAAACAGAUUGAGAAUGAUAUCAAAGUCCUAGAGGUAAAAUUGGAAGCGCUGAAGUCCGGCCCGACUCUCGAGGAAGCGAUCAUCGAGAGGGAGACAAUUAAAACAAGAGUGACAGCACAUGAAAGAAAAUUGGAUUACCUCAUGGAGCGGUGCGGGAGUCAGCCUAAUCUCGUGGAAAAGAAGAAGAAAGCUGAGCAAUUGAGGGAGCAGUAUUCACGUGAAUAUUUGAAGAGGAAGAGAAUGGGUUCUGAGAUUAUCGAUAGUAUUCUGGAAGGAUUCCCCGGUACGAAGAAGCAACUAUUAGACGACGUGGGGAUCGACGAGAGAAUCGUCAAAUAAAAAAUCCCAUCAUUUAUUUCGAUGAAAAAUAUUCUGUUCAUCGAUUAUUUUAUACUUUUCAAAUUGUUUUUCAUAUUUAAUCGAUCUAUUUAUUGUAGUCCAAGUUAUAAAAAUGGAAGACGGAGAAAUUUA